AUGGCUGGCGAGGAAUUCCCCAACUACGAGUUCCUGCCCACGCCUUUUCCAGUUGUCGAGGGCUCACUCUUAACGGCCGCCUUCAACGAUUUCACGAAUCAGGAGGCUGGAAACUUUGAUUGGGACACAGACUUUAUCGCCACUGACUCUUACCACGAGCCGGAAACUGCUGCUGGGUUUUCUGACAACUUGAACGACUGGUGUCUAGACAGUGCUGUGGCAAGCUGCCCGAUUGAAGGCCAUACUCAGCAUGAUGAGAUUCUUUCAAGGCAUAGUCAAAAUUCGCAGCUUAUCGACGUCUCUCAUUCAUUAGUCUCUACGUGGGGAUGUGGAGACAGUGAAGAGGCUCCGCUAUCAGAGACCGGCAUCCCGAUGAAGAAGGCUGCUGGCGGAGGGGCCAAACGUCGACGCAUACCCGCCCACGCCGCCAACACGCUAAGAUCAUGGCUUUAUCAACACCAGAGUCAUCCAUACCCCACUGAACAGGAGCGAGUCGAUCUGGAGCAGCAGACAGGGCUGAAUAAGCGACAGAUAUUGACCUGGUUCACCAAUGCUCGCCGGCGUAAACUGCCACGCAACUUCCACCCGCCUGAGGGGGACUCCACCAACCUGACUUCAUUAUCUCCUUUGGAACGAUGGCAGUAUUCACCGCCAGAAACGGAACCCGCUGCAACGUCCGACAUCCUUCGAGCAUUACAGCGUGCGCCAGAGCCCGCAGAGUACGAGGCAAUCCAGCGCGGCGUCACGACAGACCCAGAGUCUAGCAAUGGCUCUAGCACCUCUUUCACAUUCGGUGCACCGUCAAUAAGCAGCUGUGAAUACAGUCACUCCUCUGGAUCAGAUGCUUCAUUCCAAGCCCAGCCUUGCUCAUCCCUGAGACCCCCAACGCCAAUACCCAGCAUGAGAUCACGUCGCCAUCGUCGGAAGACACAAAAGUCGAAACUCGCAGACCAGCGAGCACUGUCCCAGAAGCGCACCUAUCAGUGUACAUUCUGCGCCGAAACAUUCCGCAGCAAGUAUGAUUGGCAGCGGCAUGAGAAGGCCCUUCAUCUUUCUGUAGACCACUGGUCUUGUGCGCCGGAGGGCGGGAUCAUCCAGAUCCAAGGGACCCGGAUCUGUGUUUUUUGUCUAGCAGAAAACGUGGACGACGACCAUCUCAAAGUUCAUAACUAUCUGUUUUGUCGAGAAAAGGACCCACAAGCACGCCAAUUUUCGAGAAAGGAUCAUCUACGUCAGCAUCUCCGCCUGGUACAUGGCGUAUCCUGCCACCCCUCGAUGGAUCGGUGGCGAUACACAAUGUCAGCAAUCAAAUCACGAUGCGGAUUCUGCGAGGCGGAAUUUGUCACUUGGGAAGAACGAGGCGACCACCUGGCAGAACACUUCAAAGGCGGUGCAGACAUGAAUCAAUGGAAAGGGGGUUGGGGGUUCGAACCAGAAAUUGAAAGUCUGGUGGAGAACGCGAUCCCUCCUUUCUUACUUGGUCUCGAACGGCGCACCAUGGACCCUUGGAAGAUAUCGAACAUGGAGGCACUCGGAGAAGGCGAAUGGUCGUUGAAUAACGAUGUCCCAAAUGCUUUCAACAGAUACACUAAUCUUCGUCAAGCGAUGGUUGAUUACCUGCAGGAACAGGUUACAACGGGCGAAUUUCCACCGGAUGAGGUGAUCCAAGAUCAUGCUCGCUUGAUUGCAUAUGGUGAUACGGAUCCAUGGAAUCAGACAUGGGCGGAUGAUCCGCGAUGGCUGACAACGCUCAAAGACGCCGUCUGUCAGUCGCAAGGGCUGGCCAAUGCGAGCUAG